ACGACAAACCGAAGCAACUUUUAUUUUUUUUUUUCAAGAAGACGAAUUAACAGAGCAGAUGAUGGAAAUAGCUGAUGUCUCUUCCACCUUUGGUACUGUAGUCGUCUCGCAAAUAUCGAUUCCGGGUGUUGUCUGAAUCAAUUCCUUCGUUCUUCAUUUGGGUGUUUUUAAUUCGUGAACUCGAAUGAGCAAAAGCGACGGACUUGGUUCUGAAUUCUGAUCGCCCGCUGUGUCUGCUUCCUGAAGUCUGACGAUUCGUGUGCUUCCAAUUCCAGAUUCUGGGGAGGGAAAGUUGACGAAUUGGAGUUGGGCAAUUCCUUUUCACCGGUACGUGGAAGCUCGAGAGGAACCGCUGCUACUUCUUUACUGUUCAAUGUGAUAAAGGAAGUGAGGGACAGAAAGUGAAACUGGGAGGUUUUGGAAGACCUCCCAGUUGAUGGGAAAUGAAGCCAUCAGGUAAUAUAUGGAUUCGGCGCCAACAGUGUCCAUGUGGAGAUUGGAAGUGUUACAUCAAAUCUGAUGGAGAUGAUCUGCCAUCGGUGAGCUCCCAGCCUGCCAAGGAGAAGACACUAUCAUUGCCAACCUCAGAAGCUGUCUUUACUCCUUAUGUAGGCCAAAUUUUCACGACUGAUGAUGAAGCAUUUGAAUACUACAGUAAUUUUGCUCGAAAAAAUGGAUUUUCAAUUAGAAAAGCACGCUCAACAGAAAGCCAAAAUUUAGGAGUUUAUAGGAGAGAUUUUGUUUGUUAUCGAUCUGGGUUUAACCAGCCAAGGAAGAAGGCAAAUGUCGAGCACCCCAGGGAUAGAAAAUCAGUACGGUGUGGAUGUGAUGCAAAAUUGUAUCUGACAAAGGAAAUUGUUAACAAUGCCACACAAUGGUACGUUUCACAGUUCAGUAAUGUUCAUAAUCAUGAAUUAUUGGAGGAUGACCAAGUUCGUCUGCUUCCAGCUUAUCGGAAGAUACAAGAGGCCGAUCAGGAGCGCAUCCUUCUGCUAUCCAAAGCUGGGUUUCCUGUGAAUCGAAUAGUGAAGCUCCUGGAAAUAGAAAAAGGGCUGCAACCUGGGCAAUUACCCUUUAUUGAAAAGGAUGUCAGGAAUUUUGUUCGAACUUGUAAGAAGACGGUCCAAGAAAAUGAUGCUUUGCUUAAUGAGAAGAGGGAGAGUGAUGUGAUGGAACUUCUUGAGGCGUGCAAACGUAUGACAGAGAAGGAUGCCGAUUGUGUUUAUGAUUAUACUACUGAUGAGAAUGAAAAAGUUGAAAAUAUUGCGUGGUCAUAUGGACAUUCUUCACGUGCUUUCACUGCUUUUGGAGAUGUUGUUACUUUUGAUACCUCUUAUAGAUCGAUUACCUAUGGGUUGCUACUUGGUAUCUGGUUUGGUAUUGAUAAUCAUGGGAAGGCGGUUUUCUUGGGGUGCGUGUUGUUGCAGGAGGAAAGUGCCCAUGCAUAUUCAUGGGCCUUACAGACAUUUGUCCGGUUUAUGAGGAGAAGACAUCCGCAAACAAUUUUGACCGAUCUAGAUUCUGGGCUUAGGGAUGCCAUUGCUAGAGAGUUGCCCAACACCAAGCAUGUCAUAAGUAUAUGGCAUGUCCAGUCCAAAUUAUCUAGUUGGUUCUCUUUGACUCUUGGAUCACAGUAUGCAGAGUUCAAAGCCGAGUUGGAUACAUUAUGCCAAUUGGAGAGCAUGGAUGAAUUUGAACUUAAAUGGAAUCAUGUCAUAGCUCGGUUUGGACUUGUUGCUGAUAAGCACAUAGCUCUGCUCUUCUCUUAUCGGGCUUCAUGGCCAUUGUCAAUGAUUAGAGGAAAUUUUGUGGCUCGUGCCAUGACAGCAGAGUAUUCAAAAUCAGUGGAUACAUUUGUGAAAAAGAUACUAACUUCUGAGGCUUGCUUGCACAUGUUCUUUGAGCUGGUUGGAGUAGCUUCUAGGUCUGUAAAUCAAGCUGCUGAAAAUCUUCAGUACGUGCAUAUGAAAACAUGCAUGCCCAUUGAAGAACAUGCUCAGAGUAUUCUCACUCCUUAUGCCUUUAAGGUCUUGCAGAAUGAAAUGAUUCUCUCUCUGCAAUAUGCGAUGACUGAAAUGGCCAAUGGAUCAUAUCUUGUGCAGCACUUCAAAAAACUGGAUAGAGAGUGUCUCGUAAUUUGGACACUGGAAGAUGAGCUCAUACGUUGUUCCUGCAAGGAAUUCGAGCAUUCUGGAUUACUAUGCAGGCACUCAAUUCGAGUUCUCGUGGCAAAGAACUACUUCCAACUCCCUGAAAAGUAUUUUCCACUUCGUUGGCGGCUGGUGAGUUCUUUAGUCCCAGUGGAUGAUGACAAUGUUCCAAGAAGCAGCAAUGAUUGCGUCCAAGCCUUCAAUUCAUUAGCUGCGUCUUUAUUGACUGAAUCCUUAACAUCCAAGGAACGGUUCAAUUAUGUUAACCGAGAACUCAGUAGUCUGAUUGAUCGUGUUAGGGAUAUGCCGGCUGAUGAUGACUCUGCUGCAAAUAUGGCACUGAACAAUGUGAGUGAAUCUUUUCAAUGUUAACGGUGCCUUAUACAGUUGAUGAUAUAAAAUUACCUGGUCAAUCCGCGUGAGGGGUCUCAUCACAUUCUAAGCGGAAAGCUGUGAAGGCGCAGGUGAGAAAUGGAUGGGAAACAUUCUUUUUUGAGGCUGGUUGAAGGAAUUGAUCUGGCAAGUUGUAGUUUUCCGAUAGUACAGAAUUAACAGUUGGAAAUUUUUUUAGGGGGGCCUCCACUGUGAAAAGUCUAUGGGAAUUUAACUGGCAAUGUCCGGGUCGACGAGGUGACUGUCUUGCACUAGUCGGUGUAAAUGCACUUGUACAUUGCACGUGCGAAUUUUAGCGGGAAAAGAGAGAGACGGUGGAUCUAAACGGCCUACUCAGUUGUACAUAUCCAUACUUUGUGUGACAAUAUACUGGAAUUCUUAGUUUGCUGAAGCCUUUUCAUGGAUGCAUAUCGCCGAUUCUUCAUGA